AUGCCUCCCGAAUCUCCCACUGGCAAACUGUUCGCCUUGUGCAUUGGAAUUGACGAGUACACAUAUCCUCGAAUUAAGAAGCUGCAAGGAUGCGCGAAAGAUGUCAGCUCUCUACAGGACGUUCUUCUGUUGCACUACCCGGACGCAGAGAUUAUCAGCUUGACGAAUCAGGCAGCCACUCGAAAAAACAUACUCGACUCGCUAAAGGUGCACCUCACUGAGAAUACUCAUAUUUCGCGGGAUGACCCGAUUCUCGUCUAUUUCUCUGGGUACGGGACGCGAUUCGAAGAAGCGGAGAGGGAUGUGGAUGCGCUUGUACCGCAUGAUUAUUCACCGGAGAUUCCACCUAUAUUCGACUUUACUCUCCAUGGACUUUUCAGCUCGCCUCGUGCAGACCAAGGGUCCCAAUGUCUUAUUCUGGAUUGUUGUUUCUCCGCGAAGCUAACACUGUCCAUUGUCAACAUACGUCGAAUCCAAGCCCCCUCUUGGUCGUCCCACCUUGUAGAUCUCCGUCGUGAAAAUACUCUGGCUGACUACCGCGGAUUCUUCGCCGAUAGCCCACCAUACGUGCUUAUCGUUGCCAGCAGUAAACAUAAACAUUGCGGCGAAACUCAAGAAGGAGGGUUUUUUACUCAGGAUAUGGUUUCGGCAAUGCGGUCCUCUUGGCCAUUAAGUUGUCGAGAAGUCAACGUGCUUACCCAGAACUGGGAAACAGGCACCCGAGCUCAAGUCUCUAACUGCUAUGGUCCAUACCUGGACCGACUCCUCCUUAUGCCCCCAAAACUUCUUCCUAUCGCAAAACUACGCAUAUCUUCCCCUGAUAUCGAUCUUGGUGCUACUUCAGCGGAGGAUUCCCUAUUUCUUGUCUCAAGAAGAUGGAACGCGAAUAUAGUAGUGCAUGCCUCGAGCCAAGGCGAAGCAAACAUCCAACGCCUUGACCGAGUGACAGCUCGAUAUGGUACCCGUUUGAUCCCAUUCGCACUGGCAAAAGCUUCUCAGGUGCUGGAUGGCGUCGCACGGUUCAACUACUACCUCAAUCUUCGCCCAUCCACUGACAAACCUUCCUGGGUGCAGCGGCUCUUUCGAUGGAGAAAAUCCAACUCUUCCCCGUUCUCUAUCGAGGCAUAUCACUUCCGACGAGACGAAGACAACAGUGACGAGAACAACGACGCAUGGGUCUCUGAAAAUAUUCUCCAUAAUGGCGUUGCCUUUCUGGACAACGUUCCAAACGACCAUGUCAUUGGCCUCAAAAUCACCAACACCAGUGACCAGGCCAUGUACCCAUACGUCGUAGGCUUUGAUACAGACACUUAUGAAAUCAAUGAACUGUACUCGCCAUUGCGCCAGGACAAGUGUUUGGAACCAAAGCUGUUGAAGCCAAACGAAUCGCUGAUCUUUGGUCGCUGUCCGGCUUCGACUGCCCCAACCUUCUACGCUCCCGAGACUCCCUUCUGUCUGAUUCUGGACGAAGACAAAGUGGAACGAACGGCCGAGAUCUUCAAGAUCAUCCUCGCACAAAAACCAGUUGUUUUACGCUACAUGGAACAAACUCCGCCCAUCACAAGCGGAGAGGAAAGAACCAGGGGGGCCUACGCUCACGAGGAGAUUCCAGGCGUUUGGCAAACGGACACAAUAACAUUUGCAGUUCCGGAAAACUUUAGGAAUGGCGGUCACCUGCGUUCAAACACAAACACAAGCGCAGCCAUGUCGCGCUCCCGCUCCCGUUCUCGCCCAGUAAACUACGCGGACGCCAUGCUUCCCGAUGGCCCAGUCGACGAGGAGGUUUUCGACCAAUUACUGCAUAACCGCGAGGACACGCUUGUAGACGAUGUCCAAGGAGUCUCCGACGAUUUUACUGCACGACGAAAGCUUCCCUGGUACAAGCGACCGUCAGCUUGGUGGCUCUUGGUGGCCACUCCAUUCUCGACGAUUGCUAUGAGCGCCACGCUAGCCCCCAAGGUUGAGGUUUACACGCUCCUUGCAUGCUCAGUUCACAAGCCAGAAAUCUUUGAAGCCGUCGCCAGUUAUGUUCCACCCGCCGUCCCACCUCCAACCAUCGCAAAUGAAAUACCUGUUUCCUUCGAAAUCGCCACUGCGCACGAAUAUCCAGUGAAAGAGUGUACUGCAGACCCAGUUGUCUCAGCCGCCGUAGCCAAAUUAAGCACAGCCAUCACCGCCUCGAUGGGCGUUCUUGGUUGCCUCACGACUGGCUGGUGGGGUUCUUUCUCGGAUCGUUUUGGCCGUACCAAGAUCCUUGGACUUACCCUCCUGGGUCUGCUGUUCAACGACUGCCUUUUCAUUUUCGUAACGAAGAACUUCACGUGGAUCCCCGGGGGCUAUUGGUUCCUCCUCGUGGGCCCAAUACUGGAAGGCUGCUUGGGGGGUUUUUCGACGGCUAGUGCUGCCAGUCAUGCUUAUCUCGCAGACGUGGUGGAACCAGCCAAACGAUCACGAACUUUCUCUCUCUUCCUGGGAACUGUAUUCGCUGGUUUGGGUAUCGGACCAACUUUGGGCGGUCUCCUCGUCAAGUCCACUGGAAAUCUACUUUCCGUCUUCUAUCUUGCUACAGCAGUCCACGUAGCUUACGCGCUCCUCGCCUUGUUACUACUCCCGGAAUCGCUCUCGCAAAGCGACAUGAAUGCUGCUAAAGUGAUUCAUCGUGAAACUAUCCGUUUGCGCAACGAACAAGAGCCCACUCUCCUCUCACGAGUCCAGCGGAUUUUUGGCUUCCUCAGACCAAUACUCAUUUUCCUUCCGGGGCCUGUAUCGGGUGUCGUCCCGCUGAAAGGUCGCAAAUGGGACUGGAAUCUCUGUCUCCUGGCGCUCGCAUAUGCAUUCGCAAUCUCUAUAAUGGGAUCUAUGACUUUCAAAGUGCAGUACAUGAUGCAGAAAUUUGGAUGGACGAGUGAAUACCUUGGCUACUUCUUAACAAUUGCCGGGGUUACAAGAGCUAUAUAUAUGGCCGUUAUCUUGCCUCUGUUGAUCAGGUUCCUGAAGGGCUCUCCCCAGCGACAAAGCCCCGAGAGCCAGCCACUCAUUUCCUCUCAACGAUCCCACCAUUCUCCCUCCUUUGAUCUCAGCCUAGCAAAGGCCUCGCUUGCUGUUGACAUCAUCUCCUACACCGCAAUGCCAUUGGCUUCAACAGGGCUCUCAUUCACCGGCGCAACAAUCAUAUCUUCCUUCGGCUCUGGCUUCACCCCCGGCAUGCAGAGCGUCGCUCUUGAACUGUACAAGAGCCAAAACGGCGGGCGGGACGAAUCAGGCAAGCUGUUUGGCGGGCUGAGUGUUAUCCAGGCACUCAGUGCCCAGAUCCUCGGCCCGUCCAUCUACGGCCUCGUCUUCAUCAAGACCGUCGCGUCGUUUCCGAAAGCAAUAUUCCUCGUUUCCCUCGGCAGCAUCGUUAUUUCCUUCACCUGCGUCAGCCUCGUCCGCCUGCCGACCAGUCACGUCGUCGUGACCGAUGCAGAGGAGGGAGCCUCCGUCAUUCCCGACCACCCUGAACGCGAUGCGACACUAGUUGAUGCAGAUUUAGCAGCGCAGUCCGUGGGCAAGCAACAGGCUCCGCGGGUUGUGAUUUCUGCUCCCAGUCCAUGA